AUGGAGCCCUCCAGAGCGCUUCUCGGCUGCCUGGCGAGCACCGCCGCUGCCGCCCCGCCGGGGGAGGAUGGAGCGGGGGCUGGGGCCGAGGAGGAGGAGGAAGAGGAGGAGGAAGCGGCGGUGGCCCCCGGAGAGCUGGGCUCCGACGCGCCGCUGCCCUACUGGACCGCCGUGUUCGAGUACGAGGCGGCGGGCGAGGACGAACUGACCCUGCGGCUGGGCGACGUCGUGGAGGUGCUGUCCAAGGACUCGCAGGUGUCCGGCGACGAGGGCUGGUGGACCGGGCAGCUGAACCAGCGGGUGGGCAUCUUCCCCAGCAACUAUGUGACCCCGCGCAGCGCCUUCUCCAGCCGCUGCCAGCCCGGCGGCGAGGACCCCAGUUGCUACCCGCCCAUUCAGUUGUUAGAGAUUGAUUUUGCGGAGCUAACUCUGGAAGAGAUUAUUGGCAUCGGGGGCUUUGGGAAGGUCUAUCGUGCUUUCUGGAUAGGGGAUGAGGUCGCCGUGAAAGCAGCUCGCCACGAUCCUGAUGAGGACAUCAGCCAGACCAUAGAGAACGUCCGCCAGGAGGCCAAGCUCUUUGCCAUGCUGAAGCACCCCAACAUCAUUGCUCUUCGGGGGGUGUGUCUGAAGGAACCCAACCUCUGCUUGGUCAUGGAGUUUGCCCGCGGAGGACCUUUGAAUAGAGUGUUAUCUGGGAAAAGGAUCCCCCCAGACAUCCUGGUUAACUGGGCUGUGCAGAUUGCCAGAGGGAUGAACUACUUACAUGAUGAGGCGAUUGUCCCCAUCAUCCACCGCGACCUUAAGUCCAGCAACAUAUUGAUCCUCCAGAAGGUGGAGAAUGGAGACCUGAGCAACAAGAUUCUGAAGAUCACUGAUUUUGGCCUGGCUCGGGAAUGGCACCGAACCACCAAGAUGAGUGCGGCAGGGACAUAUGCUUGGAUGGCACCUGAAGUCAUUCGUGCCUCCAUGUUUUCCAAAGGCAGCGAUGUGUGGAGCUAUGGGGUGCUGCUUUGGGAGCUACUGACUGGUGAGGUGCCCUUCCGAGGAAUUGACGGCUUAGCAGUCGCCUAUGGAGUGGCCAUGAACAAGCUCGCCCUCCCCAUCCCUUCUACAUGCCCAGAACCUUUUGCCAAACUCAUGGAAGAUUGCUGGAAUCCCGACCCCCACUCACGACCAUCCUUCACAAGCAUCCUGGACCAGCUGACUACCAUAGAGGAGUCUGGCUUCUUUGAAAUGCCCAAGGACUCCUUCCACUGCCUGCAGGACGACUGGAAACAUGAGAUUCAGGAGAUGUUUGACCAACUCAGGGCCAAAGAAAAGGAGCUCCGCACCUGGGAGGAGGAACUGACGCGGGCUGCGCUGCAGCAGAAGACUCAGGAGGAGCUGCUUCGGCGCCGGGAGCAGGAGCUGGCCGAGCGGGAGAUAGACAUCCUGGAACGGGAGCUCAACAUCAUUAUCCACCAGCUGUGCCAGGAGAAGCCCCGGGUGAAGAAACGCAAGGGCAAGUUCCGGAAGAGCCGGCUGAAGCUCAAGGAUGGAAACCGCAUCAGCCUCCCUUCCGAUUUCCAGCACAAGUUCACGGUCCAGGCCUCCCCGACCAUGGACAAAAGGAAGAGUCUCAUCAACAGUCGCUCCAGUCCUCCUGCAAGCCCCACCAUCAUUCCUCGCCUUCGAGCCAUCCAGUUGACACCAGGUGAAAGCAGCAAAACCUGGGGCCGGAGCUCAGUCGUCCCAAAGGAGGAAGGGGAGGAGGAGGAGAAGAGGGCUUGCAAGAAGAAGGGACGUACGUGGGGACCAGGCACACUUGGUCAGAAGGAGCUUGCCUCAGGAGACGAAGGAUCCCCUCAGAGACGUGAGAAAGCUAAUGGUUUAAGUACCCCAUCAGAAUCUCCACAUUUCCACUUGGGCCUCAAGUCCCUGGUAGAUGGAUACAAACAGUGGUCGUCCAGUGCCCCCAACCUGGGGAAGGGCCCGAGGAGCAGCUCGGCCCUGCCAGGGUUCACCAGCCUUAUGGAGAUGGAAUCUUAUUCUUGCUGCUGCAUUCCCAUUUCCUAUUUCCCAUCUGCUCCUCUCAUCUUUACAGAGGAUGAGGACAGCGAAGGCCCAGGGAGUGGGGAGAAUCGUCUACAGCAUUCGCCCAACCAGUCCUACCUCUGUAUCCCAUUCCCUCGUGGAGAAGAUGGGGAUGGCCCCUCCAGUGACGGAGCCCACGAGGAGCCCACCCCAGUCAACUCAGCCACUAGUACCCCUCAGCUGACGCCAACCAACAGCCUCAAGCGGGGUGGCACCCACCACCGCCGCUGUGAGGUAGCUCUGCUCGGCUGUGGGGCUGUCCUCGCAGCCACAGGCCUAGGCUUUGACCUGCUGGAAGCUGGCAAGUGCCAGCUGCCUCUCCCGGAGGAGCCUGAGCCACCAGCCCGGGAGGAGAAGAAGAGGCGUGAAGGUCUUUUCCAGAGGGCCAGCCGUCCUCGUCGGAGCACCAGCCCCCCAUCCCGGAAGCUCUUCAAGAAGGAAGAGCCCAUGCUGUUGCUUGGAGACCCCUCCGCCUCCCUAACACUGCUGUCUCUCUCCUCCAUCUCCGAGUGCAACUCCACCCGCUCCCUGCUACGUUCAGACAGUGACGAGAUUGUGGUCUACGAGAUGCCUGUCAGCCCAGUGGAGGCCCCAGCCCUGACCCCCUGCACCCACAACCCCUUGGUCAAUGUCCGAGUGGAGCGCUUCAAACGGGACCCUAACCAAUCCCUGACUCCCACCCAUGUCACCCUGACGGCCCCCGCACAGCCCAGUGGUCACCGGCGGACUCCUUCGGAUGGGGCCCUCAAGCCCGCGGUCCUCGUAGCCAGCAGGAGCCCUUCUAGCAAUGGGUUGAGCCCCAGCCCUGGAGCAGGAGUGUUGAAAACCCCCAGCCCCAGCCGAGAUCCAGGUGAAUUCCCCCGUCUCCCUGACCCCAAUGUCGUCUUUCCCCCGACCCCGAGGCGCUGGAACACACAGCAGAACUCGACCUUGGAGAGACCCAAGACCCUGGAGUUUCUGCCUCGGCCACGUCCCUCUGCCAACCGGCAGCGGCUGGACCCUUGGUGGUUUGUGUCCCCCAGCCAUGCCCGCAGCACCUCCCCAGCUAACAGCUCCAGCACAGAGACCCCCAGUAACCUGGACUCCUGCUUGGCCAGCAGCAGCAGCACUGUGGAGGAGCGGCCCGGGCUGCCGGCCCUGCUCCCGUUCCAGGCGGGGCCGCUGCCCCCCGCCGAGCGGACGCUCCUGGACCUGGACGCAGAGGGCCAGAGCCAGGACAGCACUGUGCCACUGUGUCGGGCUGAACUGAACACACACAGGCCUGCCUCUUACGAGAUCCAGCAAGAAUUCUGGUCUUAG